CUGUCGACCUAAAACAAACAUUCUUGUAUUAUAAUUUAUUCGUAUUGAAAUUGGUAACAAAAUAUUGAUAGGUCAUUAUUUAGGUAACCAAUUUACCUUAUAAUCCAUUUAAACAAUUGUGUAUUUGACUGCAUUAUACAAUAUAAAAUGGAUACAUUGAUCGAGGAAGAAACGGAGUCACAAUGGACGAUGUUCAAUCCGAUUACAUUCGUUCUACAGUUGCUGGCCACGUACGGCUGGUUCAUGCUGGGCGCUGCUGCAGCAGGACUCUAUCUGUACCAGAGGUUCAGGCCACGCCUGCAGAAAUGGCAGCAAGCGAGAGAAGAUGCAGAGUAUCAUAAAGAUCCGGACAGGGUGGUGGCCCGCAUGGAGGCCAUACAGCGCGCCAGGGACAAGCAGCAGCAGGAGCUACUGGAGGCCUCGCAGAGGAUGCUCGAGCAACAGAAAGAGCGUGAGGAACAAAAGCGAGCGGAAGCGGCUGAACGACUGCAGAAGUACGGAACUGCGGCGUCUGCCGGACACCGGCUUGGAGACGACGCUGACUACCUGCCGCUGAGUGGCGGAGCCUCCACGUCCUCGUACCGUCCUCCCAAGCGCUCCAAGUGCGGCGGCGGCGGCUGCGGACGGUAGACCCACCGUCCACCGUCACCCACCAUCCACAUAUAGAAAAUGAAGAGCUAUAUAUUAUACUUUUGAAUGAAUUAACCUCCGUUCCAAUAGAAUUUAUGAAAAAGGUAAACAAAUAAUUUCUGGUCAAAAAUUACUUACUAAAUGUAAAUAAUUUUUUUUUACGUAACGUAUUUAUCUGACUCUUGAGGGUAUUAACUAUAUAUAUAUUUGUAUAUAUAAAAAUCACGUGUCACGUUGUUUGUCCGCGAUGGACUCCUAAACUACUAAACGAUUGCAAAUUUGAUUUGCACAUUGUGUGCAAUUUGAUCCAACUUGAAAGAUAGGUUAGCUUACAUCUCAAUUUAUAGUCGCAAUAUUGUUUUAUUCAAGAACCUUAGACACAGCAACACGUGGCCGGGUCUGAUAGUAUUCAUAUAUAUAUACAAUUUUUUUGCCUUCAAAAUAAAGUCGACGCCGCUGUCUGUUCGUAUCUCUUAAAUUACGCAACAGAUUAGAUAGAAUGAUUCAAAAAGAAACUUUAUAUGUAUAAUAAAUGUACACCCGUGCGAAGCCGGUUUUGGUAGAUAGUUAUUAAUAAAUAAGUUAGUAUAGCUAUUAUUAAAUCAUAUUACAUAUGUCAGACAUACUGACGUAGCGACGUAAAGCAAAUCUAAUAUUCAAUACAAUUAUUGUCUGUUGAUUCAUUAUACUAUUGGUCAUCAGUAGUCUAUGGUCGGGUUAAUGACCUUUUUGUUUACCUUUUUCAUAAGCUCUACAGUAUGGUCGCUCAGAGUUUGCGUUUCUGCCAUGUCGGGAUCGAAUAGACUUUGACUUU